AAAAGAAAAAAAAAAAGAACGCAACACCCGAUCUAACUUUUCAUCGCUCUCAAAAGAAACCCUAACCUAGACAAACCUUUUCAUCUGUUCAGCUGAUUCACAGCCGUCGACGACCUACUGCUUAUCCAACUUUCCUGUCACAUUCUACACAGUAAUCAUGGCUGACAAUGCUCAGGAUUUGACGAACGAGGUGGGAGAGCUUGCCCCCUUCGAUCCUUCCAAGAAGAAGAAGAAGAAGAAGGUUGUGGUACAGGAUUCUGCUGUUGAUUCUGUGGACAAACUAGCUGAGAAAACUGAAUCAUUAUCUGUUUCUGAUGGUGUUGAAAAUACAUUUGCUAAUAUGAAGAAAAAGAAGAAGAAGCCUGUAGAAACAAAUAUAUUAAAUGAGGAAAGUGGGGAUGCUUUAGAAGAUUUGGAUGAGCAUGCUGACCAGGAUGAAGAAGUGGAAGCAAUUGAUCUACAACCGCGUUGUCCUUGGGAAGGAAGUGAUCGAGAUUAUGAAUAUGAGGAGCUUCUUAGUCGGGUAUUCAACAUAUUACGUGAAAAUAAUCCUGAACUCGCUGGAGAUAGGCGUAGAACGGUGAUGAGGCCUCCACAAGUUCUUCGUGAGGGCACAAAGAAAACUGUUUUUGUGAAUUUUAUGGAUCUUUGCAGAACGAUGCAUCGGCAGGCAGAACAUGUCAUGGCCUUCUUGCUGGCUGAGUUGGGAACUAGUGGAUCUCUUGAUGGACAGCAGAGGUUGGUCGUUAAGGGUAGAUUUGCCCCCAAAAAUUUUGAAGGGAUCUUGCGUCGAUAUGUCAAUGAGUACGUCAUUUGUAUUGGAUGCAAAAGUCCUGACACAAUACUCUCAAAGGAGAAUCGUCUCUUCUUUCUCAGAUGUGAGAAGUGUGGCUCUGGUCGAUCAGUUGCACCAAUUAAAGCUGGCUUUGUUGCUCGUGUUGGUCGUAGGAAUGCUGGGACUUAAAAGAUUUUUCUGACUGUGAAUCUGUCUAUUAGUUUACAGAUUCUGUUAUGUUUCGUAUUCUAUUAUCUGCUGCCCACUCAGAUUUGGACUGGAGGAUAGUAAUUGUAGAGAGUUGUAGUAGUCGUCAUGUUUUUAAUUUUCUACAUUGUAGGAUUCGGGCGUGUGCUUAUUUUCAAAUGAAAUGACGGUUUGAUUGUGAUGUAGAAACAACAUUGUGGUGUAUAUACCGUCCUGGUGGCCAUAUUUUUGGUUAGUCAAGAGUUCAUUUAGCUUGCUUAUAUCAUCAAA